GUCGCAACCAGCGAUGUUCGGCGGCACGGGAGACAGCAGCGCUGUUGGUGUUGUGCUUCGGGUGGCAGUGCUCACCACCCCAUCCGCGUUCACUGGCAACGCCUGCCUCGCUCAACGAAUCAAAUCAUUUGUAGAGGCUGGAGUUGGUGCGACUGAUGGUAGCGAUGAAGAACGGGCGGGUCACAAGGCGCUGGAGUGCGUUGUGCUAUCCCACACCAGCUAUCAAACCCCGCGCGAUCUGGAUCUCGACUGCGAACGGCGCAAGAUCAAGGCGCUCAUUGGCAUUCACGCCUAUCGCAGCGGCCGCCUCUUACAAGGAUCACGUAUCCCGUAUCUAAUUGUCCUGGGUGGCACCGACACCACCAUUUUCCUUCAGAGCGCCCAACACGUCGAUGUCAUGCGCGCAGCCAUCCAUGGCGCCAGGGAGCUGGUGUGCUUUGCCUCCUGGAUGGCGACAACAAUGGAGCAAGCGAUUGGCUCGAUUCCGUGCCCUGUCACUAUCAUCCCACAAGGGAUCUCCUCCAAAUUGGAGGUGACGCCAACAUAUGAGCCAGCCUUUCACCUGAGAAAGAGAGACUGGAUUGUUAUUUACGACGCCAGAUGA